CGCGCUAUCUCCCUUACAACACGCACACAUUGACGAUAGCUCUCACACGCAUUCUCACAUAGACAAAGACCGCCAGUGUAGCCUUGCAGGGCAAGACCCCGUCACUGAGUAGCACCUACCAAGGCCGGAACGGUCCACGAAGUGGGUGGGUGGCCAGCACCACGCCCGGCCGCCUUUGUCUCCCUUGUAGCGAUGUUUACCACACACCGCUACACCAGGUACCUCGUUUGAGGCUGAGUCCACCUAGGGCAGGACCGGUUCGGAAAAUCGUCGCUGGUGUUGGCUGCGAGCGGGGAUUGAACUCAGGUGCGCCGGACCUCCGCCAUGUGCCAGGUGAUCGUCACGUGCCGCUCGCUGCUGUGGACGCUGCUCAGCAUCGCCACGGCCUUCGCCGAGAUGGCCGCGUUCCUCAGCACCGAGUGGCUCGUCGGCGAGGAGGCCGGAGCCGGUGCCGGCGGCGUCACCGGCGGUGGAAUCGGCGGCAUCGUCGCCAACCGCUCCACCGCUCGAGCCGCCGCCGGCCCGGCGGACAUCCUCGGUCAGCCGCCGUCUCCGGCGACUCACCACCACAACCACCGCAACCAGCACCACCGUCACCACAACCACAGCCACCACAACCACCACCAGCUGGACGAUGCGGCGGCCCCCCACCAUCUGGCGGUGUCGCCGGUUGCCGCGGGCGUCGGCGGCGGCGGCGGCGUGUCGGCGUACCGUCCCUCGCUGGGCGUCUACAACCGGUGCCGCAUGGUGCGGCCCGCGGGGCCCGGCGGGGAGGCGGAGGAGUCGUGCGGGCCGUACGCCGCCUCGUUCGGCGAGCUGGCCAGCGGCCUGUGGCAGGCGAGCGCCGUGUUCCUGGGCGCGGCGCUGCUGCUGCUGGCGCUGCUGGCGCUCAGCUCCGUGCUGUCGCUGUGCGUGCAGAGCGUCGCCCGCAAGAGCAUCUUCAACGUGUGCGGCCUGGUGCAGGCUGUCGCCGGCCUGCUGCUGCUGCUGGGCCUGGUGCUGUACGCGGCGGGCUGGGGCUCCCCGCGCGUCCGCGACCUCUGUGGCCCCGGCGCGGGCCCCUUCCGCCCGGCCUCGUGCUCGCUCGGCUGGGCCUUCUACUCGGCGCUGGGCGCCACCGUGGGGGCCUUCGCGUGCGCCGUGCUCUCCGCGCAGGCCGAGGUGGCCACCUCCAGCGACGAGGUGCAGGAGGCCAUCGACGAGGGCAAGACGCUCAUCUGCCUGCCCUGAUGGCGGCGGCGCCACGGCGGUGGCGGCGGUGAUGGCGGCGGCGGCGGUGAUGGCGGCGGCGAUGAUGGUGGCGAUGAUUAAGGAUUCUACAUUUCUGCGCGGCGUGAUAGGGACACGUGGGGUUGGUGGUGAUGACGAUGAUGACGACGACGACGAUGAUGGUGGUGGUGGCGAUGGCUACCAACAUUUCCUGGAGGCAUGACGCGUAGGGGGGACCACGUGGGGAUGAUGACGACGACGACGAUGGUGAUGAUGGUGGUGCCUGCCAGAAUGUCUUGGAGGCUCAGCCAGGUGACAAUGAUGAUGAUCGUGGCCCGUGCGUUUGAUGGAGGCCGCCCUCCGUUGCUCCAAGAGUGGCAUCUCACGUCCCGUCUCAGAUAUAAUGUGAAAGGGCACCCCCAGAGGCAGCUGCCCCUGUGUGGCACGAGGGGGGCUGGGCACGCCUGUGGGCGGGCAUCAGUGGCGGAGGGGGCGGUGAUUGCUUCGCGGCCGAGUCUACGGGCACCCCCAGCGGCAGCUGUCUCUGCUGCUGCUGCUGCUGCUGUCAUCCCUGGCUAGCAACACUUCUGGGAGGCUGAACAGAGACGCAAGGCGAUGGUGACGAUGGUGACGAUGGUGACGAUGGUGACGAUGGUGACGAUGGUGGCGAUGGCGACGAUGAUUAAGGCCGCACAGUUUCUGGGAGGCUCAACCAGCGACACACGGAGGGUGGCGAUGACGGUGGUCACAGCGAUGGCGACGACGGUGGUGGGGCCAAGCGUGGGUAUUCGCUUUAGUUGGAGGGCGGCGGUGGAGGGGGAGGGUGGUUUUGACGGUCGCGCGAGAGGACAUGUGCAGCGGCGGCAGCGAUGUAACACGGCAGCGCAGCAAGCGGGUUGCAGCGCGCCAAAGUUGGUCGAUUCUGGGCCCAUUUCUUCGACUUCGCCGCGGCGGACGCAGCAGGCGGAGCGGAGGGGGGUCACGUGGUGGGGGGGGAUGGGGGGCACGUGGCAGGGGGGGGCACGUGAGGGGGGGGGGCCGUCCAGCCAGCGACAGCCAUGGGGCAGGGCCCUCCCGCGAGCGAGUGUUGAGACUCCUCGUCGAGGCUUGCCACACACACCCGCCAAGGCCUCUCUCUCUCCCCGAGUGAAUGACAUUUCUAUAUAUACACACACAUUAUAUAUUAUCGUUGUUAUUUAUUUUGUUUGUUUUGUAGAAUUUUUAAGUUUGAUUGUCACACACCAUUCCCCCCACCCCCCCCUCCCCGCGCGCAAUUUAUUCGCGUUUGGGAGGACGUUUCGUGGUCUCUGUUUCGUCCUGGGCAUCUCGCCGUUGCUUUGACGGGGACCAGGAUGUCCGUGACUUAGCCCGGCGACGGGAAGAAUCGCUGUGGCGUCUUGUGUCAAGCGCGACUCGGAAGUUCCACGGUCGCGUGACGGUGCCAAGUUCAUCCCGAGCCACUGGGCAACAACUGCAAAAACAACAACUGGUGUUCUUCGGUUCUUUCGGUAAAGUCACGUAGAUAGAAAAAAUAGUAAAACAAUUAACAUAAUAAAAACGGUAAAGUCCCGUAGAUAGAAAAUAAAAUAAAAAAUAUAAAAAACUCACGACGUUUCAAUCGCAACACAAGCGGUCAUCAGGCCUGAGUUUUUAUUAUUUUUAUUAUUUUAAUUUUAUUUUCUAUGUACGGGACUUUACCGUUUGUUUUUUUAUAUUUUAAUUUUUUUUACUACAUUUUUUCUAUCUAUGCGACUUUACCGAAAGAACCAAAUAAUAUGAAUUCCUGCAGUCGGGAAAAUUUUAAGUCAAAAUUUUACUGUUGAUUUAACCUGUGGAAACUCCACAUUUCUAUGACGGGAUGUGGCAAAGACUGUCCCUUAUGCACAACCACUAAUGAUGAUGCGGUGGAAAUUAUGGCGUCUGUGUGCCAAGCUGUGUCCAUUCCACGUUCCCAUGGCGGGGAGUAGUACGUCCGUAGGUGUAAUAACCACUGCUGACUUUUCUUCACAAUGUGGUGCUCAUUUUACUGACCGAGAUGAUGAUGGUGAUCCUGCUUUGGAUUCGAAAUCUCAGAACUUUCAACAUAUUAAAGGUAUCAGGUGUCAGUUUUGUUGCCAGAUAGAAGGGUAAAAAAAACAAUUAUCAUAUUUUUUUACUGGCAAAUGAGGUUCCAAUGGUAUAUUGAGGGUGAUUCAUUUGAGCACAAAUUCGCAUUCAUAUUGAUUACGAUGUACGAUACUAACGGUUGUGGUGAGUGGUGGCGGUGAGUGGGUUGGAGGUGGCAAUGGGUGAGCGGUGGGUGAGCGGCUUGGGUGAGCGGCUUGGGUGAGUGUGCGAGAGAGUGAUCCGUUUUGGAGUGGCUGCGUAACGGUGAGCGAGUUAACCAACCCCCCCCCGUCGCCCCUUUAGGUCGACUCAGCUGUAAAUGUGCACCUGGUGCGAUGUCUGAACGUCCCGCUAACAGCACUUGCCCCAACAGCCUUUCAGGAUUAUAUGGGGUGGGACUUUUGUCUUUAUAGUUGGGUGAAUGAACAGGUGAGCUGAAGUGGGUGAGCAGUUGGAUGUAUGGGUGUAUGAGUGAGUGAAUGCAUAAGGGGCCGUCCAUAAAUGACGUCACGCACCUAGGGGAGGGGGGGGUCAGGGGGGUUGAGAAAUGUGACGUCACGUCAAAAUGCGCAACUUUAAAAAAUAUAGACAACACGUUCUACUUAAUUAAAUUGACUUUAAUAAAUGUUUUCUCCUACAACAUCAGAGUGCAGCGCCGCAUUAAAUACGCACUACAAUGACAAUAGUUUAAAGCGAUUUGAAGCAUCUUCUUGGUUCUUUCGGUAAAGUCACGUGACUUUACCGAAAGAACCAAGACGAUGAAUCCCUGCAGUCACGAAAGCUUUAAAUCGAGAUUAGAAGCAUGUUU